AGAAGAAGAAGUCACUACCAGAAAUAUCUGCAUGUUAGUUCUCCACCGUGGAUCCGCUGGAAGAGUCUUAACUCCGACCACCGUCUUCUCGUCCCCGUAAUCGUUCAACUUAUCGCGGUCUGAUUCACUUGAAGAGCGGAGGGACCGGACUUAUAUGUCCGGGAUGUGUUCCGUCUUACGAUGUGACUCGUCGCGUCGCAGUGCGCAACGGUUCAAGUUACCGGAGGAUGCGGAGAAGAGACUCGAGUGGGUCCAGUUUGUUCUGGAAGUCAACGGACAACGACUCAAAGAGUCGUGCUGGACCGAGAUCUCCAUAUGUACAGAACACUUCACAGAGGACUGCUUCGGUAACACGGGUCCGACUGGCACGGCUCAGCUGAAGCCCGGUGCGGUGCCAUCACUGUUUAUCAAGUCAGAGCCAGACCAACCUGAGCCAGACCAGGUGGGGGUGGAGCCAGACCAGGUGGGGGUGGAGCCAGACCAGGUGGGGGUGGAGCCCGGGUCUGUGGUGAGUCUGCAGGUGAGACUGCAGUGUGAGCAACUCAGAACAUGUGAUAGUCCAUCUUUCUGUGCUGAAGAAUCAAUACUAUCAAACCACACUUCUCCCAUCGCAGUCCCCGUAAGCCCAGAUCCAAGCGAUAGCUCUGAUGUGGAUUAUAGUCAGAUGGUGCAAAAUGUUGAUAUGAUCAGGGAAAAAGCUGCGGUUCUUCCCAUGAAGAGGAAGUAUGUUGUGAACGAAAACUGGCUCCUCCAGUUGUUUAGUAGCAAGUGCCCUUUGUGUGGUUCCAAAGUAAGGUUGGAGAAGGUGACCCAUGGCAUACUCAUGGUCGUGAACCAGCAGUGCCUUCAGUGUGAUUACAGAAAGCAGUGGAAAAGCCAAGUCAGUGCCAGUGUCCCAGCAGCUGAAGUUCAACACCCUACAGGAGGCACAAUAGAGGCGGGGUCUGAGGAGAGCGAUCCUGUGGAUGAAAGGGGGGAAUCAAGUGAUCAGCGUGACAUUGAUUCAGAUGAGGAUUGGAGGCCAACCGAGGAGCAUUUUCCGGCAAAUAUGCUUCAUACUGAUUCUGAUGAGGAUGCCGAAGAAGAACAAAUCAAUGAGUCUGUAUUCGCUGUCAAGCACAAUCAUCUCUGCACAGAGUGCGGGAAGUUUUUCAGUCAACGUUGGCCCCACACAUGUGAGCACAAACUGAAGCCCUAUUCCUGCAAUAUUUGUGGAAAGAGAUGUGUUAGUGAGGUCGCUCUAAUUACUCAUAACAGAGUCCACAAUGUAAACUGGGUGCACCGGUGCAAAUACUGCCACGCUACAUUCAAAACAAAGGUGGACAAAAUCUCUCACGAGCAGAUCCACAUACCUCAAGAAGAGCCCUAUAAAUGUCCUGACUGCUCAGAGACGUUUGCCACAAAUAAGGAACGCCAAAUCCACCUGGAGGAUCACAGAGGCCCCAAGCAGUUAACAUGCCACGUCUGUGGGAUUGAAUUUAACACUAGCCUUUCUAUUCGGAGACACUUAGUCGUGCACUCCGGUCUAAAGCCGUUUAAGUGUACGGUGUGUGACCGCGGCUUCAACCAGGCGAGCCACCUAAAAUCUCACAUGCGUCUGCACACAGGGGAAAAGCCUUUCAAGUGUCAGCACUGUGACAAAAGCUUCACUCACAAUGUGAGCUUGAAGAGUCACGUCCAGCGUUACCACACAUCCAAUGCGAUUCUUGGACGUAAGAGGGGUAGAACAAAAAAAACUGUAACCGACAGUAUUGAUUCUCAGGAGAAAGGGAGCAAGAGAGGUGCAGAGUUGGGGCUUGAGGAAGGGCUUGCUGGAUAUGAGGUGGUAGAGAAGGAGAGAAUAGAAAUGGCAAUAAAGAAAAGGAGCACAGGUAGGACCACGGGUAGACCUAUAGGAAGGCCUAAAAGAAAGUCUGCAGGCCACUUGGCCCUCGCAGGUGAAAUGCAAGGCUCAGGUUCAAGCACCGAGACUGGAAAAUCAAAGCGACGGAAGUCAAAGAUGACACAAUGUCGUGAUGAAGAAAGUGAGGACACACUGACCGAAGGCAACAUAUCAUUUGACUCAAAAGAGGAGGAGGAUGAUGAGAGGAGCGAGAAAGUAAAAAAAAACUUAAGAAGAGGAAGGACAAAAAAGUCAGACAGUGACACUGACUUUUAUCCAGAAGGCCCAGAGAAAAGGAGUUGCAGCAGCCAGAACAGUGGUAGAAGCUCAGAGAAGCGCAGGAGAAGACCAAGAAAGAAUCAAGUAGAUGAAGACUAGACUAUAUUUUUAUUGAGACAAAACUAAACUGUAUUCCAUCUUAUAUGUAUGAUGUAUGUAUCUCACAAAUAAAGUCUUAUGACAAACUAAACAUGUA